AUGCGACAGGUCUCUGCAACGGAGAAUAUUGCAUACGACUACACCCGCAGUGGUAACCCUACGAGGGACGCCCUUGAAAAGCUGCUAGCAGAUGUGGAGGGGGCGCAUCAUGCCUUUGCCUUCAGCACCAGGAUGGCGGCACUUGCUGCAGCCACCAGGCUGGUUACCACCGGGUGCGCGAUAGUGGCAGGCAACGAUAUCUAUGGCGGCACGGACCGCCUUCUGUCACGAGUGGUGCCUCGUGCAGGUGUUGCUGUUAGGUGGCCAGCGAGUCGACACAACACAACCGGCUUAGAAGCAGUGAGGGCGGCAGUGCAACCCGCCACCAAGCUGGUCGUCAUGGAGAGCCUCGCCUCGCCAACCCCUGUCCAUUUCUCACUCUACUCACCAUCCCUCCUCUUUCCCCUUUCUUCUCUUUUGCUCUCCCUUUCCCUCUCCGUGCUGUCUCCCACCAGGCGAGUGGACACAAGUGACCUAGAAGCAGUGAGGGCGGAAGUGGGAGAAGACACCAAGCUGGUCGUCAUGGAAAGCCCCACCAACCCGCGCAUGAUGAUCAGCAAUAUCAGGGCCAUAGCAAACAUAGCCCACUUAGUGGGAGCGGUGCUGGUGGUGGACAACAGCAUCAUGUCGCCCGUGCUGUCACGGCCGCUGCAGCUGGGAGCAGACAUUGUGAUCCUUAGCGGCACCAAGUUUAUCAGCGGGCACAGCGAUGUCAUGUCUGGCAUAGUAGCUGUCAAUGACCCAGAGUGA